CGACUCUCUCCACCACCAGGAAGCCUCCCAAAAGAGCUCUCGCCCUGUGGACGACUCGGAAUCCCUGGAAAAGCCGGGAGGGAGUCGGAGGCGCCAGCCCACUGGGGAGGUGGCGCUGGGCGCGCGGGAUGCGCGGGGAGCCCUCUCUGCAGGAGCCGCACCGUGCACUGCUGCGCGCUGGGCAGUGCGGGGAAGCACCGCGGGAAGGAGCGGCUCCGAGCAACAGGUGCAGCCCGCAGCCGCUCCGGGAGCCAGGGAAAACGGCCGGCGAAGAUCUGGAGCGGUAAGGCGGAGAGAAGGGUCUUUCCACCUGCGCGGCUGCAGCCGGCGGAUCCCUCUUCCCAGGCUCCGUGGUCGCGCAGCGGGCGGAGGCGCCCGGGCAGGGGACCCCAGUGCUCUCGAGAUCACCGUCCCUUCCCGAGAAGGUCCAGCUCCGGGCUCCCGAACCCACCCUCUCUCAGAAGGUCGCGGCGCAAAGACGGUGCCACCAGGCACGGCCACCGGAUCCCCGCUCCCGCUGGCUCGCGCCUCGGGGGAAGCUCGGACUCCUAAACUCGCACUCUCCGUGCUUUGCGCCGGGACCCCCGGCCACCCCCGGCGCCUACUAUCCCGCCCUCCCUCCCCGCGCGCCCCGCCGCUCGUCGGGACAGCCCCGCGGGCCAUGGAGCUGGCGGUCGGGAACCUCAGCGAGGGCAACGCGAGCUGGCCGGAGCCCCCCGCCCCGGAGCCCGGGCCGCUGUUUGGCAUCGGCGUGGAGAACUUCGUCACGCUGGUGGUGUUCGGCCUGAUCUUCGCGCUGGGCGUGCUGGGCAACAGCCUAGUGAUCACCGUGCUGGCGCGCAGCAAGCCGGGCAAGCCGCGGAGCACCACCAACCUGUUCAUCCUCAACCUGAGCAUCGCCGACCUGGCCUACCUGCUCUUCUGCAUCCCCUUCCAGGCCACGGUGUACGCGCUGCCCACCUGGGUGCUGGGCGCCUUCAUCUGCAAGUUCAUCCACUACUUCUUCACCGUGUCCAUGCUGGUGAGCAUCUUCACCCUGGCCGCGAUGUCCGUGGACCGCUACGUGGCCAUCGUGCACUCGCGGCGCUCCUCCUCCCUCAGGGUGUCCCGCAACGCGCUGCUGGGCGUGGGCUGCAUCUGGGCGCUGUCCAUUGCCAUGGCCUCGCCCGUGGCCUACCACCAGGGCCUCUUCCACCCGCGCGCCAGCAACCAGACCUUCUGCUGGGAGCAGUGGCCCGACCCUCGCCACAAGAAGGCCUACGUGGUGUGCACCUUCGUCUUCGGCUACCUACUGCCGCUCCUGCUCAUCUGCUUCUGCUAUGCCAAGGUCCUUAAUCAUUUGCAUAAAAAGUUGAAGAACAUGUCAAAGAAGUCUGAAGCAUCCAAGAAAAAGACUGCACAGACAGUUCUGGUGGUGGUCGUGGUGUUUGGAAUCUCCUGGCUGCCGCACCACAUCAUCCAUCUCUGGGCUGAGUUUGGAGUUUUCCCGCUGACGCCGGCUUCCUUCCUCUUCAGAAUCACCGCCCACUGCCUGGCGUACAGCAAUUCCUCCGUGAAUCCUAUCAUUUAUGCAUUUCUCUCUGAAAAUUUCAGGAAGGCCUAUAAACAAGUGUUCAAGUGUCACAUUCGCAAAGAUUCACACCUGAGUGAUACUAAAGAAAAUAAAAGUCGAAUAGACACCCCACCAUCAACCAAUUGUACUCAUGUGUGAUAAAAGAUAGAGUAUCCUUAUGGUUGAGUUUCCAUAUAAGUGGACCAGACACAGAAACAAACAGAAUGAGCUAGUAAGCGAUGCUGCAACUUGUUAUCUUAACAAGAAUUCAAGUCAUUUUAAUUA